CCUCUCAAAAUCCAGAAUACGUGGGUUACAACACCUGGUAGAGGCAAAAAAAUCCUGAGAACUAACACCCUUGAAAAACUCAAAGGCGGCUACUAACACACCAUCAAAUGUGGGACGCUGAGAGAGCCUACUGCAGGACAAGCAUUUCUAACACCACUGAGCUCCCAGUCCAUGCACCCGACUGGCAUACAUGUACUACAGCCCGACGACACAGCAAACCUCCUUGUUUUUGUGAUCUCUGCACGAAAUGGUAACGACAGCGCACGACAGUGUUACUACCACCACCAAGAAGAAAAAUUGGUCUUAAGUGAACUGAGAGGCAUCCGUUCUGGCAGUGGUUGCCAGGCAACAAAUUUAAAUCAACUGCAGUCUUUAAGAGAACGAGGCCCUGGAUUGCAGUGCAUGGCCGAGCCGGACUGCGGGGUUCACGUGUGUGCAAUCUUCCGAGCUCAAGGGGUGCGAUGAACUGAGGCAACUGUGUGGGUGUGCGGUAGAAGUAUGUACAUUGAUGAAUCUGUGAAGACUGUAGGGUAGGACUAACACUGUCAAUGUGUUCUUGGUUCUGGGGACUUUGAGGUUUUUCUGUACGGAACCUGCAAUGGAUCUUUGAUUGCCUUCAAGCCCAAGAUUGUCUGACAGCAAAUUCCAGGUUGAUAUGCAGUACAUCGGUCUCCUAUCCUGCGUGCUUCUCUGCUCUCCUAAAUCCACGUCUCGCAGUUGGUUGGAUUGGAUGCUGACAGCCCCGUGAAGGUGCGCACGGUACCGCGCAUGCGAUUGCGCAGCCCUGCCUUUCACUGCAGCUUGCAUGCAGCCAAAGCAGCAGCCAGACACCAGCGAUCAAUGUACGGACCGUGGCCAACGCCAACCGAGAAUGAUUACCGCAGACCGCGGCGUGCGUACCUCGCGGAUCGCACUGGAUCUUUCGUCUCCGUGUGGAAUUUAUGAGGAAGUCCAAUUUUUUUUUUCGGAUCGGCACUGCGUAACUAUUUCUGACAGUGGUUCGUGAUUUCUUCCGUGGAGUUUUAACCGUUCGCGGGAGGUGACGAUUGAUUGAUGGUGCUAUAUUCUCCAGGAAUACUUUCGGACAGGAGUUGUGGAGAGGGACCUGUAUGAUGAUUGUUCGGACGCGGUUAUUUUGUGGCGAUGUAGAAGCUUCGACAAGGCAAUAGAUUCAGAGGCAAGGCGGACGACACUGAGGGAGAUUAAGCUGUUGGAAUCAUAACGAUCUAAUUUAAGGGUGACCGACUGAAUGAGCUAGUGUUUCCUCGAUGGAAAGUGAAGGAGUAUGGCUUCUGGGGCGCUCUCAACAGAGUACGGCUCUUGGUUGGAGGUCUCCGGCGGUGGACGAUCCAGCUCCGGCCCAGGCUACGUCCUCCUCACCAACACCACGGGCCUGGUGGGCGGCGGCGCCCGGCUUAACGACACGCAGGAUGAUAUAGGGCCCCGCACCAUCGGGGUCGCGGUGCCGUUCGCCACCUUCAUGACCCUCCUCAGCCUGAUCACCAUCUUCGGCAACUCACUGGUGAUCUACGCCGUCAAGACGGAGAAGCGGCUGCAGACGGUCAGCAACUACUUCAUCGUUAGCUUGGCCGUGUCGGACUUCCUGAUCGGCCUGAUCGUCAUGCCGAUCAGCACCACGUACUUCGUGAGCGGGGACUGGGUGCUGGGGAUCGUGGUCUGCCAGAUCUGGCUCUGCAUCGACUACGUCUCCUCCACCGCCUCAAUAUUCAACCUCCUCGUGCUGAGCUUGGACCGCUACUGGUCCAUCCGCUUCCCGCUCAAAUACAUGCGCAAACGGACCGGUAAGCGAGCCACCAUUAUGAUUUCGUGUGCUUGGCUGGUGUCGUCGUUGUGGAUAAUACCGAUAACCUGUUGGCAUGCCAUCUUCCACCAGGGUGUCCGCGUGGUCCCCGGCAAUGUUUGUGAUACAGAAUUUGGCAAGAAUAAGCCUUUGAAGGUUGGGACUGCCAUUGGGAAUUUUUACAUACCUCUGGCCUGCCUGAUUUUUAUAUAUGCACAAAUUUUCCACGAGAUCCAGAAACGCUCCAAAAUGGUUCUCGGCAGGCGAUCCGUAGGAGGGACGCGAAAAUCCACGCGGAAUUGCGACAGUGCCCCGUCCAAAGGCACCGACUUGGAGUUGACCAGGGUCGACAACGCGACCUGGACACCUGACUAUGAUGAUUCUAUCAGCACCAGUAAGGACACGUCCAACGAAACUCCCGACCAGACGGAGAAUAACAGCAGCAGUCCCAGUAGUGACAGGGGGCGGGCCAGGCGGCCUAAACGGAUCAACUCGCAGCUGAGGAACAUAUCCAAUCUGACGUUGCUGACCGUAGGAUUACACGGUAUGGUGGACCCAGAGGCAGUCAAGAGAGCCGCUGCCGGUAAGAACACCUCUCCCGGAGCCGUACCCAGGGGAUCUUGCACCAGGAGCCCCUGCUGUCAUGGCGAUUCCCGAUUGAGAGAAACCCAGUUUUUAUCCCCCGGGGAUGCUGUGAGUCGAAAGGAAUCCAGCUCGCGCCACCGACACCACAUCAUCACCGGGAAAAAUUCGCUAGAUCGGGACAAAGGAACACCUGUCACAACCGAGGAAGCUCGGCCCCUUAGAAACAGGACUUACCAGGCCCAAAAUGGCAGCCGAAGAUCGAUUCUUCGACGGAACAGUACAGUGGAGGCCGAUUCAGUGCCCAAUGGGACCCUUUCCUCCAGGAAAAUCUCCUUCUCGUCCGAGGAUUUGCCGGGGAGCAGCAGCAAGCAGGCUCAGAUCGGGUGCAUGCCGACCAAGAAAAAGCUGUCUGCGGAGUACCGGGGCAGCGAGAUGGGCAGGGGUGAACGGGAGAACAAGGGUAGACGCAACGGCGUCACCACCCGCCUCCUGAGCGUCGAGCAGCGGGUUGAUGCCUCAGCGACCAGCAGGGAGAGAGACGAGGACCCGCACCCUCCCCACCAACCCCACCACCACCAUCCCCAUCUUAACAACAACACCAACCCCCGCGGCAAGUUCUCGCUGUCCCGGUUCAGCAUGAGGCCCGGCCGGGCCACGGAGACCCUGCGCCGUAUACGGAAGAUGUCGCUGAGCAAGGAGCGGAAAGCGGCCAAGCAGCUGGGUGUCAUCGUCGGCUGCUUCAUCUGCUGCUGGGCCACCUACAUGAUCUUUUUCAUGAUUGUCGCCUUCUGCUCCGACUGCAUCGACGACGACCUAUACCUCGGCAGCAUAUGGCUUGGGUACAUUAACUCCACCCUCAACCCGUUCAUCUACCCAAUGUGCAACUCGACAUUUAGAAAGGCUUUCAAGAAGAUACUUCGUAUCACAAAGAGAUGAAGUGGGACUUUGGGGGAGAAGUGCUGCUUUGUAGAAAUUAUAUGAUAAUGAAAGAAGUAACUUCUAAAAAUUACCGUUUAAGAUUCAAGUACUGUCUACGGUAAUACUUAUGUUUCUUUGAUGGUCAAGUGCAAACUAUUUCGGUGUCAGUGAGAAACAGUGCUGUAUGGUGGUACACAAAAAAAUAAUUCAUCGGGCGUUUGAGUUAUCUCAGGGUUUUUAUUAUGGCAGUGGAAGUACCUUUUAAUUUCGUUUUAUGACCAAAUCUUGGGGUUUUUUUCUAGAUUUCCUUGCCAUACAACGCUACACAAUAUCAUAGGCAGUCCCUGAGAAUUUCGGCGCUUGUGUCCCCAAACACAUGGGUUGCAUCUUUGUAAAAAUCUCUUUUCAAAUGGUCACAUUUCUAUCAAUAGUCGCAUACCAGUUGUGUGUUUCUUGAAACCUGCUAUUUCCCCCUUCAUUCUAAAUUUGGCUUUAAGACUGUCAUAAUUGGUGGGAACGAUCGAGAGCAAUGGGUCUAGGGGGAACUGCACGUUGCCAGUGUUUAGCGAGGGAGGCUAGUUGAACUUUGCGAGCGUCACCAACAGAACGUGAUGUGCAUGAUUUUAACUAAUUCCCAGGAUUUACCCCAUGAAGGUUAUUUGUCGCAAAGAAUAAUGGUUCUCUUCUCUGGGAUGACAGUCGAGGUCUUUAGUGAAGAUUUUUGUCCCUUUAAUUCAUCAAUGCCUCCUCACUUUUCCGCAAGGUGCUCGACGCACCUGCGCGCAGCGAUGUAUGCUUAGAGCCUAACUGCUGGGAAUAUCAUGUGUGUAUUUCUUUCGAUCGCAUUGCAGUGGAGAUCCACGCUGUUCCGGUGUCGCUACCGGCGCCAUGGCCGACAGAAGAUCCUUCUAAGCUGGCUGGUCAGCGCCACCUCCGGAUGGCUGUACUGCUGCGUUAUUAAAUUAAUGAAUCAGUUUGGUCCCCGUUUGACGUGAAUUAUUGAAAGGGAGACAACGGUUGCCAAGCAAAAAAAGGUGUGCAGACUGUUGCCAACAUACCCGCAUAAAUUUUUACGACAGUGAGCGGCUCUUGUUCCCGUUAAUUCAGUAGUAAUAGCCAAGUGAAUCUCAGACAUUUCCCGACCGUCGUAAACGAUGGUCUCAGCAGGUCAUUUGUAAAGGUGGAGUCAGCGGUGAUUCUACCAUAUUUGCCGUAACACUGUUCACGAUCACUGUUAUGAAAAGUGUUUGCAGAAAGAGAGUGUGAGAGAGGAUUCGUAGUUUUUGGUACAUGUAAAACGAAAUAGGGCCAACAUUCAAGAGAGGCAACUUGAUUAUUGUUUCAUUCAGUGAAGAAACUUUGAGAGUUGCGUGGAAAUGCAAUAAUGUGACACAUUCACGAAAGUGAGUGCCGAUGUUUGCGCCGUCGGGCAUACUCUUUGUACCUACCGAAAAUUAGGGGCCGGGGAUGCAAAACGGCCGGCGGAGCUCUCAAGGUCUUCGGGAACGAGAAAGCGCGGUCUACCUUACCUGUCCAAAGUGUGGUGUGGUGCGUUGUGAGAGAUAGAGGAAAACAAGGUGGGUCCGAUGUACACUGAGGUCGACUUGCGUCAGGAGAAGAGGCUAAUGGAUUCGAGAUGCCGCGGUGUCGGGGAAGGGCAGAUUGAGAAAGAUGGGAAGAGAAAGACAGAAUUGGUGACGGGAAUGGAGGAGUGAGCGAGGAAAAGUUCGAAGAUGGGAGGUUAUUGUGAAUGCAAAGAAACCGCAGGAACUGGACGGACAGGUCGGAUGAGGGGGGCAUCAUCUGGUGAAACGGUUGAGAAGAUCUUCGACGGCCGGGUGAUUGAGAAGUUGGAACGCCGUGGGGGAUUUGGGAGUUUAUUUACAUUUGAAAUGUGAACGGAGAGGACGCGUUGGAUGGCUGUGAUGUAAAACAUAACCACGGGGUGUUUACGGAGUUUCUUGUUUUCACCCAUCAAUGCAUUGACAACUUGCGGGUCGACGGAUGGAUAACUAAGUCGAAUGACCAGUGGCAAGCAGAAUGAAUCAGGGCAUGGGUUGACGGAUUUAUACGGGGAUUCCUGAGGGGAAUGCUGAGCAAAGGCUCCGGUAUAAAAAAAAUUUAUUAAAUACUGAUACUCAAAGCCCCUAACAAUAGACACUACACAGUGUAAUAUAUCAAUGCAACUCUAUGACAUCUAACCUUCAUUCUCCCCAUUUUAGAUAUCCCUUGCUGCGUCGGUACGUUCCCGUUGCAAACCCGCCAAAAUGUAGUUUGCGCUGGCUGUAGGCAAAGAUAUGCAUGUACAUGUACGCGAAUAGCCCUUUGCUUGUUAAAGGUGGAGAUAUUUAUUUUACAAGAACACCAGAUGGACGGGUCAGUCAGGUCGAUUAGUGGAUGUGGUUGGAUGGAAUUGUUCAUAAAUGAAUCAAAAGGAAGCAAAUUGCAGGAAUCGAUGAAAGAGAUGGGUGUUAUCGCGUAUCAAAGGGAAAGGAAAGGACUUGACAAAGUGUGCGGAGUUCCGGGAGAAUGUGAGAGAAUGUGGGAAAGGAAGUUGAGAAAAGCUGAGCUGCCGAAUCGGUCGGAAAUAAUGCACAAACACUUGAUGAGGGCGUGGAUAAUCCGGAGUGGCGUGCUGGCCACGAACGCGGUUGAAGCUUGUUGGUCUCUGCGUGGGGACCAGCGAAAUUCCAGCCCACGUGGUGCGGACGUAAAGGUGAGGCCAUUGGGUUCAGUAGAGCAAAGCCCUACCGGCCGCCGUGUAGAAUUCAUAAUUGUACUCAACCAACUCAGCCGACCUUUUUGAAUAGCAAGUGAUUAUUUUCUUACACCCUCACAACCUGUUUAAUAAUUUGGAUAGUUCCAUAGAAAAGAAUUUACCAUGGCUGCUCUCUGGUUUCGAAAAACACGCAAACCUAUGUAUCAAAAGGCGGUACCAGACGGUGCCAGACGUGAAAAUGGAGUUUACAUUUUCGGCUGAAACUUUUUAUGAUUGUAAUGUCAAGGCCCUACAACUUUAAGUGUAUUACAGGGUAAAAGCAAACGUUUAUACAUGUAAAAACAUGACAGCUUUCGCCGCUUUCUUGGCGCUACUUGCUAUAUAUAGGCGCCAGGCAAUAGCGUGUUUAGCGUGAAUUGUUUUACUAGCUCAUCCGCACUAUAAAGAAGCAAGCGAUGGGCAAGGAACGUAAUUAUUUGGUCAAGUUUAAUAUCGGUUUACGGACUGGCAAAGAGUAUUACAAACGCAACAAGUUAUGUCUUCUCGUCGCUGAAAUUGGUUCUGAACCACGGCAAAUGUCGGUACUUUGCACUCAUUACGUCACCGUAAUAAUGUAACAUAAAAAAGAAAAAUAUAUAUAUUUUGAAAUCUGUCUUACUCAUCUUUGUUGUUGAGAUGUACGUAUUAAAUCAGUACAGAAUGUUUUGUAAAACUGCUUCAUCAACCUUUGGCCAAAUAUACUUGGAAACAACGUUGAAUUAUUUUGUAACAUCUACCGAAAUAAAGCAAAAGCCUACGUCAGAACGUGA